CCCAGCCCCGCCUCCAGCCCUGCGCCCGCCGGGCCAGGAAGCGCCAGAGGAACCUCCCAGGGACAUGGACGGGGCUGUGAUGGAAGGGCCGCUCUUUUUGCAGAGUCAGCGCUUCGGGACUAAGGUAGUGGGGGGCAGAGGAUUCCUAACCCCACGAGGGCCAGAAAAAUGGAAGAAGACGUGGGCUGUGCUCUACCCGGCCAGUCCUCACGGCGUAGCGCGGCUCGAGUUUUUUGAUCACAAGGGGUCGAGCUCUGGAGGUGGUCGAGGGAGCUCGCGCCGCCUGGACUGCAAGGUGAUCCGUCUGGCCGAGUGUGUAAGCGUGGCUCCGGUGGCUGUGGAAAGCCCCCCUGAACCCGGAGCUGCUGCCUUCCGCCUGGACACUGCGCAGCGCUCGCACCUGCUGGCAGCGGACGCGCCGUCCAGCGCCGUCUGGGUGCAAACAUUGUGCCGAAAUGCCUUUCCGAAAGGAAGUUGGGCUCUGGCGCCGGUCACAAACCCACCACCUAAGCUUUCUGCCUUGGAGAUGCUGGAGAACUCACUGUACAGCCCUAUGUGGGAAGGAUCCCAGUUCUGGGUAACCAUACAGAAGACGGAGGCCUCUGAGCGCUGUGGCCUGCAUGGGCCCUAUGUGCUGAGGGUAGAGGCUGAGAGGCUGACUCUCUUGACCUUGGGAGCACAGGGUCAGAUCCUGGAGCCGCUUCUUUCCUGGCCCUACACUCUGUUGCGCCGCUAUGGCCGAGACAAGGUCAUGUUCUCUUUUGAGGCUGGUCGCCGUUGCCCCUCUGGCCCUGGAACUUUCACCUUCCAGACUGUACAAGGAAAUGACAUAUUUCAAGCAGUUGAGACUGCCAUCCAUCAGCAGAAGGCCCAGGGAAAAGUGGGACCAGGGCAAGAUGUCCUCAGUGCCAACUCUAAUGAAGGGGAGAUGACAGAGGGGAAGUUGGCUUCUGCUCCUAACCCCCAGGAGCCCCAAGGCAGCACCCCAGCCCUGUAUGCUGAGCCCUUAGACUCUUUGCGCAUUCCUCCAGGUCCUUCACAGGACUCCUUAUACUCAGACCCCAUAGACAGUACCCCUUCUCGGGCAGCAGAAGGGGUACAGGCAAAGAAACCUCUCUACUGGGAUUUGUUUGCACAUGUGCAGCAGCAGCUGCAGAAGACCAAGCUGACAAACACCAAAGAGGACCCCAUCUAUGAUGAACCUGAGGGUCUGGCCACAGCCCCUCCCCGGGGGCUUUAUGAUCUGCCUCAGGAGCCCAAGGAUGCAUGGUGGUGCCAAGCUCGGGUGAAGGAGGAGGGUUACGAGCUCCCCUACAACCCUGUCACUGAUGACUAUGCUGUGCCACCCCCUCGGAGCACAAAGCCCAUCCCAGCUCCCAAGCCCCAGGGCCUGGCCUUCCCUGAACCUGGUACUGCAGCUGGUAGUGGCAGCAAAGGCCACAGCUCAGACACUGCCUUAUAUAGCCAGGUCCAGAAGAGUGGAAUCUCACGGGACUGAGACUGUGGGUUCUCUAGAGCAGGUACUGACAAGACUGGGGUCAAGUCAGAAGGCUCCACCUGAAAAGGUAGCUGACAAGAGGACCAUGGGAAGGUGGCAUUAAGGAUCAGAAAAUCCUGUUAGAAUAAGCAGGAACCAGAGAGUGGGAGGGUCCUCUUUGGAUGUCCUAGGAAGUGGAACAGAUGGCAGCGCUGAGGGAUGAGCUCUGGGGAACAUUGGCACCCUUAAGCCAUCCCUAUCCCAAAGUAAUAGAUAGCUGCUGGACCAGGUCUUCUGGAGAAAGGGGUACUUGGUCAGAGUGGGUGCAGAGCCAGGGGCCUGUAUGGAAGUUGCCUGGAUCCUUACCCCCCUGUAUUGUUCUUUGCCAGAGAUAUAUUUUUAAAAUUUUAAAGAUUUGUAUUAAAGUCAGUUUGGGUUUAAGA